CCUCUUCCUCGCGGCAGGGGGCCCGCCCGCGGGCUGGUUUCCGGUUCGGUGGGUCGGAGAUGACGGAGCAAGGCGCUUCUCCAGACGACCCCUGGGUCAAGGCAAGCCCUGCGGGCGCGCACGCCGGCGAGGGGAGGGCGGGUCGGGCUCGUGCACGUGGGGGGGCCGGAAGACUAGGGGAUUCCUUGCAGUCCCCAAAGGUCCCCCCGCCCUCCGGGCCCCGGGGCUGCAGAGAAGACAGCUCUCGCCCCGCGCGUGCCAAGGUGGAAUAUGCUUACAGCGACAACAGCCUGGACCCCGGGCUUUUUGUAGAAAGUACCCGAAAGGGGAGUGUAGUGUCCAGAGCUAAUAGCAUCGGUUCCACCAGUGCCUCUUCCGUCCCCAAUACAGAUGACGAGGACAGCGACUACCACCAGGAGUCCUACAAGGAGUCCUACAAGGACCGGCGGCGGCGAGCACAUACCCAGGCUGAGCAGAAGAGGAGGGACGCCAUCAAGAGAGGCUAUGACGACCUUCAGACCAUCGUCCCCACCUGCCAGCAGCAGGACUUCUCCAUUGGCUCCCAAAAGCUCAGCAAAGCCAUCGUUCUGCAGAAGACCAUUGACUACAUCCAGUUUUUGCACAAGGAGAAGAAAAAGCAGGAGGAGGAGGUGUCCAUGCUACGCAAGGACGUCACGGCCCUAAAGAUCAUGAAAGUGAACUACGAGCAGAUUGUGAAGGCCCACCAGGACAAUCCCCAUGAGGGGGAAGACCAGGUCUCUGACCAGGUCAAGUUCAAUGUGUUUCAAGGCAUCAUGGACUCCCUGUUCCAGUCCUUCAAUGCCUCCAUCUCCGUGGCCAGCUUCCAGGAGCUGUCAGCCUGUGUCUUCAGCUGGAUUGAGGAGCACUGUAAGCCUCAGACCCUCCGGGAGAUCGUGAUUGGCGUCCUGCACCAGUUGAAGAACCAGCUGUACUGACCGGCUCCCAGAACCCGCAGAAGAGCCAACGACAGGCCUGAGUCUCCCGCUUGGCCACAGAGCCACUGGGUUUCUGAGAUCGGACUGCGACGCUGCACACAGGGCCACUGGCUCCCAGAGCUUGGUUCCCCAGCACCCCCUCAGCCUCAGUGGGGCUGGAAUGUUUGUUUUGUGAAAGCUGUAAUUUAUUAUAUUGACCACAAAACUCGA